GAAUUGUUACGAGUAGACGUUUUCACGCUGUUAAUGUGCAGCCUUGAUUGCAGACUCGCUGUUGGGGCUCUUUGUGAUCUUGGUGAUAGAUCUCCAGAUUUAAUUUUUCCAAAUAAUCUCAUCAGGAGAAGUUGCAGGGUCCCGAGUUUUGCACUUGCAUGGUUUUACAUCCACCUACUCUGCCUUUGUUUUCCCCCACAUCAGUACUCGAGUUCUGGCGGGCAGGGUCAUGCUCCAUCUUCCUUUCCUGUUGUUUGUUUCUCUCCCUCACCCCCGUCUUUCUCAGGGUCGUCAGUAGCAACAAAGUAAAGGUGCUCUGCUCCAGUAUGGAAGUAUAGCAAACAUCUGCAGUGGCUGGAUUCAAGGUGUGCUCCAAUGAGGUACAAUGGUACCGUAUCCUCAGUGCGCUAUGGCGCACAGUAUCGCCGUUCUAUACUGGGGAGACACAGAAUGAAUUUACAUGUAGUGAGGACUUUCUGCUCUCCAGCGUCUAAGAGGCCUGAGACUAAGACUCCAGUGGAAAUGGCGGUGAAUCUCUUUCAUCGGCUAACAGAAGUUGGGAAAGUAAUGGGAAGAAACUCUCUCCAAAGACUCUCCACAACAGUCAAGAGUUGGUGGGACAGAUAUGAAGAGUUUGUUGGUCUUAAUGAAGUUCAAGGGGCUCAGGGAAAAGUAACCGAGGCUGAAAAGGUGUUCAUGGUAGCACGAGGGAUUGUACGAGAGGCGCGCAAGAACGUUGAAGCCCAGCAAAUCAAACUGAAGGAGGUUCGGGACCGUUUAGAUCGAGUCUCUCGGGAAGACAUCCAGUACUUGGAACUGGCUACCCUGGAACACAGAUUGCUGCAGGAAGAGAAGAGGUAUCGAGCUGCCUAUUUAAGUGCAGAAGAAUCUGAGCGGGAAAAAUUCUCUCUCUUCUCUGCAGCUGUCAGAGAAAGCCAUGAAAAAGAGCGAACAAGAACAGAACGAACAAAGAACUGGUCCAUUAUUGGUUCUGUAUUAGGGGCCAUUAUUGGUGUCCUUGGUUCCACCUAUAUAAACAGGGUAAGGCUGCAAGAAUUAAAAACUUUAGUCCUUGAAGCCCAAAAGGGACCAAUAAGCCUACAGGAAGCCAUCAAAGAACAGGCCUCUAGCCACUAUUUACAGCAAAAGGACCUCAGUGACCUCAUUGUAGACCUGAGAAACACGUUGCAGACUGGAGCGGGGACAUCACAGGGAACUGAAGAGAGUGCUUUGGAAGUUCAAGAAGUCACUACAGCAUCAUUACAAAUAAAUUCUCUCUUAGCUUCUUUAAAAGAACAGCUAAACUACUCUAAACAAGUCAGUUCAUGCCUGGGAAGCUUACAGCAGCAGCUUACCUGCCUCGAAGAAAAUUUAGGACAAAUGGUGUCGGAAGUACAAACUGUUAAACUUGCGGCACGUUCUCAACCUGCGGAAAGAGUGCAGCCUGCCUCUUCAGUGGAAGGGAAGGGCCAGGCUUUUGGGGUAGAAGAUGUGAUUCUGGGAUUGUCUGAUACUGAGCAGAGACUGGAGACCCAAAUCAAGAGAAAUUCAUUCUACAGUACUGCAGUAACCUGCACUGCAUUUGCCUUAACUCUUCCGGUACUGUAUGUUUUAUUCAAAGGAAAUUAAUCUCCAUUUAAACACACUCUAAGCACUGAGAAUCACUGCUAGUCAAAAAUCUAUAUUAAAGUUUCUAAACUUGCUUUCUCAAUUUUUGUGUAAGUCAUGCACUUGACCUGGAAACCUUUAAUCAUGCACUUCAUCCCCCCAUGCACAGUACCAUUUUUCUCCAGUACUGUAGAAAGUACUGAUUUACAAGUCUCAGGCAAAGAAUGUUCUACCAUUUCAUUUGCUGCACCCUGUCUUCUCCUCCUCCAGUGUAUUCUUUCAAUGUCAUUCUAGCUUUUUGUGAUGUGCAGAUUAAAGCUUUUCCCCCCUAACUUCUCAUUACCAAAUAUUACAGCUUUUGCCAUUUUUAGGUCUUCCCAUUCUUGUCAGCUUAUUUCUUAUUAAUUUUUCAGUUGCUCAAUACACAACAUUCUGCUGGUCCUUUUACUAGAGAAAUAGAAAAAUCUGCCCAGAACAUUUUAUCCUCUGCAUUUUAGAUGCGACUCAGUGAGUGGAGAAGGUAAAAAUGGGCUGAGAUAAGCUAUGGAUAAAUGAAUGUUACAGGGAUAUCAUCUGUAAUGCAAGACAUGCACACCUAGGGGAUGCAAUUAAAACUUUUUAUUGGUAAUGUA